UUUUAGACUGUAUAUUUUAAUUUCUUACUGUCAUAUUGUAUAAUCAGACUAUGGCUAGCAGUUGAAAGGCAUACAGUUGAAACGCAUCCCACUGUACUCUGCAGGUGAUGUGACGUCUGAACAAGUAUGGGAGAGAAGGUGGGUAACUCGGAGGUGUUGGUGGGGGGUACAUGGCACCAGGCUCGCCUCACACUCGAGGGCGACCUGCUUUUUGUUACACUCACGGACCUCGACGACCUCAACCUGCAAGGCUCAGAUGGUGAAGGAGGCCCCAGUGACGUCCCUGAGCCAAUAGCCAGCCAGAAGCGGGUAGUUCAGAUAUGCAAGUCAGACAACAAUGGCCUCGGAAUAUCCAUUAAGGGUGGACGUGAGAACAAGAUGCCCAUCCUCAUUUCCAAAAUCUUUAAGGGAAUGGCUGCAGACCUGACCGAGAACCUUUACGUGGGGGAUGCCAUCCUAUCCGUCAAUGGCGAAGACCUCAAAGAAGCCACACACGAUGAGGCCGUCCGAGCUCUCAAACGAGCAGGCAAAGUUGUUACACUAGAAGUUGUGCCGUCCUUCUACAUUACAGUUAAAUACCUGCGUGAGGUAACACCAUACUUCCGCAAGGCUUCAGUCAUGGCUGACAUCGGCUGGGAACUCCAGUCAGGGUUCCUUGGUGCAGAAAAUGGGUUCCUGAACAAUGACGAGGACCGCAGCUCCCCUGUCAUGACCAAUGGACCUGACACACGCUCGCUGCCACUGCUCUUCUGUCACCUGACCCGAAAUUACAAAUGUGAAGAGCAGUACAGCUUAGAACUGCACUCACCCGACCGCCUGCACAGCCUCAUGAUAAAGUGCCCAUCAGAAGCAGACAUUACCGGGUGGUACAACGCCCUCCACUCCACACUGGAUCGCCUCAUGCAGUCGGCCCUCCAACACGCCAACAAGAUGCUGGGUGAUGUCCUUGAUAAAGCCACCAUACAUCACAUAGGCUGGCUCAAGCUGAAGGUGGACCAGGGCAAGGAGGAGUGGGAGCCUCAGUUCUGUGCAGUCACAGACCAUGAUAUGAUCCUCUUCCAGGAGGUUCCCUGGACAAAGGAAGCUUGGGCAAACCCCCUUGUUUUUUACCCACUACUUGCAACUAGAAUUGUCAACUCGACACAUAAGGGAUCUCUAGGGGGCAGUGAGCCCAUCACAAUGACCAUGCGGUGUGGCACGCAGGAGGGCGUGUGCACGAGUGUCUUCCGGCAUGACACACAGCGUGACCUAGCUACUUGGGUGAAGGUGCUAGUCCAGGGAGCACACAAUGCUGUGCAAAGACAGAAGGAAGUUGCUUGCUACUGCGAGUGGAGAGGAGUUGAGGCCAAGCUAGUCCUACACCAUGAGGACGGCUUCACGCUGCUCUCAACGCAUGAUGCAGCAGGCGGACGUGGACGUGUUCUAUGGACACAGCCCUUCCACAAACUAGUCAUGAGCUCGGAUGAUGGAGCGAGACUCAUCUGGCUGCGCUUUGACGGGGACAUGGAAGUUGAGCUGGACCUAAAAACCAACCCCAAGCCAUUCGUGUUCAUCCUGCACACCUUCCUGUCAGCCAAGGUUCACCAACAGUCCCUCUCCUGACGCAAGCUGGACCAAAAGACCUGGACACGACCAUCAGUCUCGGGGCCAUCUGAUGCCAGUAGCAAAGCUGAAGCCCUUGACCAAUCCAAUCCUCCCCAACCAAACACGAGAAGCUUGUUGAGCCAAGCCGGGGUAACCCAACCCAGCACAAGUCAAGCCAGUGCAAGCAAAGGAGGGAAAGCCCCCCCUUCCUCUUCGCCAGGAAGACCAUCCGCCCAGAUUGAGCCCGGAGCAGCUGCCGCCCUCCAGCCCGAGCCACGGUCACAGCUGAAAACCUCCAAGGGCCAGGCUGACCUCAAGAGUGUUGCUGCGGCCAAAGGAACUAAAAUCAACUGGUGCGCGAGUUAAGAAUGGUCAAUGCCUAGCAAUCCAAUUUUAUUUUAAGGGAGGCCAUUUAUUCAAAGGUAAAAGGUAAAAGUUUAGUAAAAGUGAUUUUUUUAACGAGAGUGGUAAGACCAAGAAUAUUACAUUAUCCCCAAGAUGGAAGAUGCCGUGAAGGAGCGAACCUUUAACUCCUUUCCUUUCAGUGAAUGCUGAAAAUAAGAAACUAAGUCAUGAGUCUUGGAAUAGGAAAUGAGAGAUUAAACAGCCUCCAUGUGGUUUAUUUUUUGUUUCAUAGUUUAAGGAUUAGUGAACUAGUUUCUUUUCUUUCCCUUCUUUCUUCUCCUUUUUUUUCUCUCUUAUUUUUAACAUGUAAAUGUUAUGCACUGUUCUGUAUAUACACACUUGUAAUAUAGAGACAUGUUCACAUUUAGUUACAUCAGACUCACACAUAUAAAUGAAUUAUUAUUUACAUAGUUGUUAGAUGAAAAGUAUAUAGGAUUAUUUUUGUGUGUUAAGGGCUGGUUAGCACAAUGGGGUUCAUACGUCACAAUUCUAGUGGACCGCAGACGCUGGAGACACAGCGAUUCAGACCUUCCUCUCACCCGUUCAGUCCCGUCUUCUUGUUAUCGAUAGCUCAACUCAGGAUCAUAAAUCUGUUAGGGAAGUUGUUGGUCCCUAAUCAUCCCCUUCUUCCCUACCCCUCUUCCAAUUUUUUUUUUUUUUUUUUUUUUUUUUUUUUUUUUUACAUUUCUCUUGACUCUUAAUACUGCUUGUGGUUUUUGCCAUCCCAUCCUCCUACCCACCAACCGAAAUGGUUCCCUAGCAGAAGUUUGGUUAUAGCAUGAAGAGAUAUUCCCAGCAUGAGUUAGCUAUUACAGCAAGUCUAGAGGUCACGCAUCCCGGAGGAGCGAAGGUACGAAAUAUUUCUUGGUGCCUAAAAGAAAAAAAAUGGAUGCUGAAUUUUUUUUGUGAUAAACUUUUAGUAGAAGUUUCCCCCCAUGCAUGUGGCAUUUACAGCUGUUUUAUGGUAUAUAUGAGCUGCAUGUGGCAUGUUUUUGUUUAUGCUUUAGAUGGGAAGAGUAUUUAUAGAUAAUUGUUGAUUAUGCUUCUGUUGUUAUUGGAAUAUGUACUUUGCUGUGCAUCAAUGUUUAUGGAUAAUGGGAGGUAAUUUGCUCCCUUUUUUCUUAUUAUUGAUUAUUUCUAUAGUGCUGGAAAUCUAUUUACAAAGUCUAGAGCAGCAAUGUUGUGGAAGUUCAUUGAUAAAAAUCUUGCUAGAUAAGGAAAGGCAACUGUAGACAUCUCCACAGACACAUUGCUGCCUACCCCCUCAGGCACAUUAACUUUUUUUUUCUCUCUCACUCUCUUUCUUUUCCAUUCUUCCUUUCUUUCUGUAUUCUUUAUUGUCUUCCUCUCUUCUUCUUUGCAGUCUCUUCUUCUUUCUUCCUUGUUGUCUCUUCCUCUUUCUUACCCUUCCUUAUUCUGUUUUCUUUUCUUUCUCUCGUUCAUUCACUCUUUGUUUUCAUCUUUUCUUCUCUUACACAAAUUAUUGUUCUAGCUGCGGUUGUCGAAUUUUCAUAUUUUUGACAAAAUAAUAAAAAAAAAAAGAAAGACACUGCAAUCUUACUUCUUGAAGAAAAAAAAAAGUUUUGCUUUUUCAGAAGUGAGAUUCAUAUGGUUUUCUUAUACAAUCAAAAUGCUGUUGUUGAGAGCCUUGCCUAUUUGUUUUCUGUAAUGGAAACUGUAUGCAGAUAUAGUUGUUGUUUGUAUUCUGGGAUCAGGCAAUGUCUUUGGAAUUGUACUUUGCAUUAUAGGCUCGAGAUGAUUUCAAAGUUUUGUUGAUGGAAAAGCUGGGGAGUUUGUAUGUUUUUUUUAUUUAUUUCUAGGUUGAACUGUUUUGUAAGAAGUAUAUGGCAUCAUAUCAAGUAAACCACCAAACUUAAAGCUGUAUUUUGCAGUGGUAAAAAGCAAACAAAACAAAAAAAAUAAAUAAAUAAAGGGCUGCUGUUUGUACCUGUUCCCAUAAUAGCCCUUUUUUUUAUAAUGUUAUAUGGAAUGUUCUCUAAUAACUGUGUGAGUCUGCUCUGUGUUUGUUUCCUAUCUCCUGUGUAUUAUGUUGUGAAAAUUAUCUCUUUUUUCUUUUUUUUUCUUCCUAGUGUGAUUAUUUUUAGCUUUUGAGUUAACUUUACUAACAUUGUCUUCACAUUGGGUAAGCUGUUACUGUUAGAAUUGUAAAGGAGGACACAGGACUUCCUUGAAUUGUAUGGGCAUUGUACUUGAGCCCAUGUUAAAAGUCACAGUCUAAGCUUGAGGGUGUUCCACAUAGAGCUAGACUUUUUCGUCCAAGUAUACCACUUGUUGAUAGACAGAAUUCUUGUUGCUUAUGGUGUGUUUGGAAAACCCUUUAGGCUCUGAGAAUGACGACGUUGAUAAGCAGGUCUCAUUAACUUGUGCUUUUGGGCCAUUCAUUGUCAGAACCAACUGGCAAGGUGUCGUAAUGCAAUAGGAUUUUAAGAUUAUGUAAGCACUUUGUGUGUCUUUAUAGCUAUGUUCAAUAUUAUCAUAUUUUGUUAUGAAUUUUUUCAACACUUUUGUUUCAGAAAUGCUGAAAUCUAUUAUUUAUUACUUGAAGUAAUUUUUUAUAUCUGUAUGCAGUAUUAAACUAUUAUUUAAUUAUGUUUUUUAUAGCAUGGCUAAGGACCUGUCAUAGCCAUAAUGUAGAUAUACAUUUGUUUACACCUUUGUAGGUGUUUACUGUUCAAUGUUCUUGCCCUUUCACGCUUUAAAGCAUAAUACAGCCACAACCCAAAUUUACUGUAGAGUUGAAUCCUGGAUGGAAUUAGGAAAGGAACAGACACUUGCCAUGGGAGCUGAGCUGCUCGUGAGAAUUCUUUGUUUUGUUUGUUAAUGUUUUCUUGUUUGAAUUUUUAAAAAGCAGUACUGAUAUAAUUCUAGGGUAUUGUUUUAUUUCUUUGGAAUUUUGCAUAUUGUUGUUGGUUUGUGGGUGCUGUAGUUAGCUCCAUAACCAGAUUUGAUUGUAAUCUCUCUCUUUCUCUCUCUCUCUCUCUUUGUUUUUCUCUUUUUCUUUUCUUUUUUUUCUUUUCUUUUUGUUCUCUUUUUUUCUUUUCUUUUUAGCAUAAUCAUUUCUGGGUAUUGCAGCUUCAAAAGGAAUCUUCCAAAUUAUUUUAUGAAUCUGGUCAGGAGUGAUUGGAAAUGCACUUUGCUCAAUGUGAUAACAAAGGUAUUAGUAAGAACUUGUCGGCAUAAUUUAUGGUAAGACAUUAAUGUUAGAAAAAAAUAUUUUGCAUGUUCUGGAAGGGUCUUUUUUUUUUUUUCUUUCUAUCUUUCUUUUUUUUUUCCUUUUUUUUUUUUUUUUUUUUAUUCUCUUUUUUUUUUUUUCAUUGCAGUGGCAGGGAAAGCAAAGAGGUUUUGCAGUGGGAGUUCUUUACUGAUGAGCUUUGAUGUGUAUUUCAUGUGUAUUGUUUUGAUUCAUAAGUAGUAGCAUGUUUGCUUCUCAUCAUGCUCAUGUAAAUAACAGGAGAGGAUUUUUCACUCGUAAGAACAGUACCGUAUAAAGGGCUUCGACCUUUUUUAUUAAGAGACUUAAAGCUUGCCAGUUUAGUCUGCUGUGUUCUGUUGGCUAAUACAUCUGUAACCUUUAGUGACAGCCUCUCCAAGACUUCCAAACUGUUACAUAUCAUAUGUCAGGGUCGUAAGAUAUCCCAGUCACAAAAAAAGUCUUGGAAAUUGGCCAAAAUGCUUGGAAUUUGAGACUAACUUUUGUAUGAAUUUGGCAUUUGAUGGAGUACCUUUGUGUUCUUUCCUUUUGUAGAGAGAGCAAAAAUUGUUUGAGAGAAAGAAUUUUGCAUUUAACUUUAUAAAAAAAAAAAAAAAAAUUGUAUGUGAUUUCAUACAGAAAGUUCACCUUUAUAGAAUUAGCAAGAAUCAAAUUUUACAACUAAGGAUGCUACAACUCCUAUCAGUUGACAAAAAAAUCAAUAAAUAAAACGAAGAUAAUAAAAAAUCAAAACGAUAAUAAGAUCCCAAUUUUUUUUCCAUUUCAAGUAUUGAACUUUUGUAGGUUUUAUAUUCAUUGAUGGAUCAGUAAUUGAAUUUCUCAUGAACUGGCAAGUACAUGUCACUUCUUCACCCUGUCUCUCUCUUUCUUUUUCUCUCCCUACUCUUUUUGCAUCUCUCUUCUUGUUAUCAUUAUCACUGAAAAUAUACUUUUUCUUCAGCAGGUCUCCUUAUUCUGUUAAUAUUAGAGUAUGUGUUUGCGUCCUGAAAAUGAUAUCUGAAUGCAAAUUUCAUGAAAAAAGGCAAUCUUUCUUUUUUAGCCAGUUUUGAUGAAGGUCUUUUGUCCAUUAUAAAGGAAAAGGAAAAAUUAUCUGUCCUAGAUGGGUGCUAUAUAGGGAGGGUAUCUGUUCCUUAACGUACCAACUAACAACUAACUUUCCUUAAAGGGAUUUUUGUUAGUGCCCGCUUCUUCUUUUGAAGACUGCUGUGGUGUUUCCUUGCAUGUUCUUUUCUUUUUGUUUGUCCCAUUGUUCCUGGAAGUAGAAGGGCACUGUAGUCAGUCUGUGAGAUUAUGGAUCUGGGGAAGGUAUUUGGUGGGCUGAGUGAAUCAAAAGGCCAUGGUCAGAUAUUACAUUUUUUUCUGGUUGAAAUUUAAUUUAUGAAGAAUUUGUGUGAAUACUUGCCCCACCGCCCUUUUAAAUAGGUGAAUAAUCAUGGGCAUUUGAACUUUUAUUUUUUCUCCUUGAUUUUGAAGCUAUUCAUUGAGAAUGUAUCAGUACAAGAGAUCUGGUUGGUGGAAAUGCAGAGUAAUGAUCGAACAAUGACUAUGUUGGACUUGCCCACAUUCACGGUAAUGUAUGCUUGAGCAAGUUAUAGAAUCUCAGAGAAUAACACUAGGUUUCCGGCUAUCUGUCACUGUUAUACUGCAUGGUAACUUGGGUCGCUAGGAGGAACUGCUUUGACCGAUCUUGCAUCCUGCAGGAUAUAGCUUGUUAUUUGUUACAGCUUGCUUGUAAAGUGUUGCAAUAACAGCAUCAUUUAAUGUCUCUGGAGGUGUUUAUAAAGCAUGAUAAUUUACACAAUGCUGAGAAGUGUAUGAGAGAGAUGUAAAUCUUGGCAUCUUGGUGAGUUGUGUCUGGGAUUCAUACAGUCUGUACAUGUCUGUCUGUAUUGACUUGGUCAAGGUUUCUAAAAGGCAAGACUCCUUUUUGUCAAGAUGUCAGGUUACAGAGGGUAUUAACAUAAUAACAAAAGAUAAAGUUUUCAAUAUAGUCUUGUGAGGAUGGGUGUAGAUUAGUUGCGCAUCCAUGCAUGGACGAUUGUCCAGCUCUCAGCCAGGCUUGCGAGAUGUCAUCCUCGCAAUCAGGACAUGGACUUGUGGCAAAAUAAGGCAUUACCCAGCAUCUGGUAAUAUUCAUCACCUGUCACCUAAGAGUACCUAUAGAUUUAACUGCCUAGAUGAUAGGCAUUCCAAAUUUCAAUAGUUACAACUAACACUACACUGACUGUCCAGAACCAUGGUUAACCAGAUGCUGUUAAGGCCAAUUGCUGCUCUCUAAGCUGGCUGUCAAGACUGUGGGUGUCAGGACUGGUCGCUAGCAUCAAGUGAGCUGGUAUCAUUUUGUACCUCAGAUUUCCCUAAGCCUUAACUAUCAUCUUACCUAAUGAUCAUGUGGAACCUUACUUCUAAUCCUCAUGGUAACUUUCCAGCCUAAUCUUUUUUAACGUUAGGCUAUUUAUAACACUGCCAAUAUUCACCUUUCUGCGUAUAUUCACACACACAAAAGUCUAUAAUUUUGUACCGGUAAGCCAGUUACGAGAUGUCAUGAUUUUUUAGUCUGUCUUCUAUUUACAGACAAUUGUAGGGCAAUUUAGAUUAAUAUGAACUGUUACAGUAAUCUAAUGGUUGAUUUGAUGUUUUUGUCAGUUUCUGUACAUUUUACAUAUCAAAGUAAAAUAGAAUUCUUGUUUAGAAUUGUAUGAUUAAAAAUGUUAACUUUCAGUAGAUUGCAAGAGAAAAUGUUGAAUAGACUUGCAAGUUUGCAGAAUUCAGACAUGCAUCAUUGGUGAAAAUAUAACCAUGAUAGCAGAUUUUCCCUAUGAUGAUUAUCUAGUUUAAAAAAAAUCAUUCACUCUCAAGCUAACAGACAGAUUUUAUCUUGGAUCCCCCAACAUCAAUUCCUGACAAAUUCUCCUUCAAGCCAAUUUCUUGGGCUAAAGUGCCUGUACAUUCCACUUCCUAUUAAAGAGUUUUACUUGAUGUGGAGUUAGUCCUUGGUCCCUUGGAGGCUUAGCAUAGGGUGAAGGAUAAAAUGCCUUGGAUUGAUGCCAGCUCUGAGAAGACAUCAAUAAUUGGGGUUAUUUGUAAGAUUCGAUUGCCUCUACUUCCACAUAGCUUUACUACAGGUGUGUACCUUUUUGCGCAGGAUCCCUGUUGUUAGCUUUUAAGAAAGUAUGGAACUCUCCUUCUAACCCCUUCCCCCUUGUAUCCAUUUUUUAAAUGUAGUGAGUAAUAGUGUAAAUAUUUUAUUCUCGUGACAGUGACAAGCACAAUCCCGACCUGAGAGGGAAAUGUUGCUCUACAAAUUUUGAGAGAGAAACCAAAAGGAAUGAAUUACGUGAAUGAUGUUGAAGCUUUUCAUAGAUCUAGGAGUAUCUGUUGUGUAUAUUUCAUUGUAAAUGCUAAGACUUGAAGCAUCAGACUGGCAUACUUUACAUUGGUGCACUGAACCAGUGCAAGUCUGUAAACAUUGUAUUGCCUGCGUUUUACAGAUAUAUUGUAAAUCAUUAAUCAGCUGACUAUAUAGGCUUUGAUUGUAAUUUAAAGAUAUUCAGAGAAGUUAUCUAGUCUUUUUUAUUUUCUUUCUUUCUUUAUUCAUAUUUUCCCCAGUCAAGAAGUAAGAUUUUUUCUUACUUCAGUCAUCCAGUAUAACUGGGAGAAAUCUUCUCUCAUGCAUAUAUUAUUGUACUGGCAUAGGCUUCUCUUUUUUAUUUUUAUUAUUCUUGUUCUUGUUCACACCUUUCCUGUAAAUACAAAGUGGCUAGUAUUAUAACAUUGCACAUAAUUUGCUUUCACUAGCACCAAAAAAAUUAUUUGUAUUUUUUAUUAAUGUUGAGAUUUCCAGCAGCUGGAAUUGUUUUGGCUUUAACAAGCACCUUAGUAAGAUGUAUAGUGUUACAUGUCUAAUGUGAAGACCAAGAUACUAGCAUGGAUGGUGUGGAUGCUGUCGUGUAUUGUUGUGUAUGUGUUGAUCCACAAUUUUUGCGGGCACUUGCUCGUACAUUGGGGGGGAAUUGUUUGAGCACUGCAGUGUAGUUUUGAGCACCUCUGUGUUGGUUGUGUGCACUAGCUGGCAGUCUAGGGGGUUAGUCUUAA